UAAUCAUGAUUGACAUUGCUAGAAAUGCCAGAAAACACAAGCAUGAGUGACGUUGCAAGUGAAUUCCAUAAACUGCGAGAUGGUACUAAAAACUACAGAAAGCUGUGUUAAAACUUGCAUAGCCAUUAUGUGAUUUAAUGAAUUCAACAAUAUGUAUGUAUUCUAAUGUUUUACUUAAAUAAGGUGUUAAGAAGAUCAAUCUAUAUGUAGCUACAAAUGCCUUAGCCACCAGGUUUUAAAAGAGGGACGACUUGUAAAAAAUAAAGGAAUGAUGCCUUUUAAGAGAGUAUGCCGAGAAAUAAGUGAUACUUGCGAGCCUAUUGGGAAUAAUGUAAUGUACCAAAACGUGUCGGGAAUUACAUCAGGGACUCCACAUUUCAUAAAUUUGCAGACUUGCUUCUAUAUUUUAACGUUAAGGCAUACAACUUAAAAAAACAAAAGCCGCUAUGUUAGUGUUUGCAAUAGAAAAUGAGCCUCUAGGGGUACACGCACAAUGGCCCACAAUUGAAACUUGAACCAGUAAACUCCACCACGUGUUUGACCCCUGUUGAUUGCUUCAAGUCAAGCUAAGUUGCACAAGCCUGUUUCCUUAGUGAAAUUCGGUGAAACUUGGCCUUCUUUGUAGAGACAAAGACAGACAGGUGGCAAAAAUGAAGCACACAAAGGUAGAGAUGAAGAUCCAGGUGCUGUACCAUAUUUUCCGAAGAUAAACCAUUUAUCUAAACACGUGCCCAGGGUGGAAAGAUUGCAUUCCCAUGCAUGUGGUACAUAAUGACAAUCGUCACAAAACACCAUCGCAUUACUAUUACUUCCAGUAAUUUUCAUUGCUGCAAUGGAAUGGCUGCCCCACUGCACUACAAUCUACAGCAACCAGUACACUGAGCAUUUUAACUGGUCCAUGAAAGCGGGAUGGACGCCAGCCAGACUAAAGCAGCGGUACUCGACACUGUUGAACGCCCCGCCUCGUGCAGGUGCUACCCUGACAUCGUGGAAAGUAGACGGUAAAGAGAUGUUGUUCUUGAGCGAUAGGUCACUCCGUGACAGCAAGAGCCCUAUCCGCGGAGGAAUACCACUCGUUUUCCCAAACUUCGGUGCCUGGGAGCUGGGUCCACAUCACGGCUUCGCGCACACCUCCGAAUGGACAGUGCAGCAGGCACCCGCAGAGGAAGCGAAUGGUGACAAGGCAGUCAUCUUGAGCCUGCAGGACAAUGACUACACACGCUCCAUUUGGAACCAUGGGUUUCAGCUCCUGUAUCGCGUUGCACUGCGGAAGGCCCAGCUUCACCUCGAGCUGUCCGUGGAGAACAAAGGCACGGAGGCCUUCGAGUUCACGGCCCUGCUGCACCCCUACUGGCGCACGGCAGACGUUCGUCAAUGUACGCUGUCUGGCUGUCACGGCGUCGUCUACACUGACAAGACAAGGGACGUAGGCGAGUCACGGGAAGAACGAGAAUAUGUGACGGUCUCACAAUGGACUGACAACGUCUAUAAGAGCACGGAGCCUGUCCACAAGCUCACUGGAGUUGGCGCUGGAAAGACGCUUACGAUCGAGAAGGAAAACCUGCCGGACACGGCUGCGGCCCAUGGGGCGACGCUUCGGGACGGAGCCAACCUGCUGAUCCGCGGCGAGGCCAGCGGCUACCUGCAGACGCCAGGCUUCGCACUUGGACAGCGCACGCCCAACGGGUUCCGAGGCGCGGCGACCAUCUACGCUCCGCCGGGCUACAGCAGACUCCGUCUGGACUUCGACAGCUUCGACCUGGAGACGAGCAGCCAGUGCAAAGCAGACUGGGUCUCCAUCGAAGAGAACAGGACGAGGACGAGGAUCCUGUGUUCGAGCUCGCUACCGCCGCCGUACCUGAGCUCCUCGUCGGCAGUCACGGUGUUCCUCGCCACGGACAAGAUGAGAAGCAGCCGCGGCUUCCUCAUGCGCUUCUCCGCCACCAACAGCCGCGAUCUGUGCAGCAGCCCCGGCCAGUUCCAGUGCGGCAACGUGGCCUGCAUUCCGACAACGCGCGUGUGCGACGGACGGUUCGACUGCGCCGACGGCUCCGACGAGCAGCACUGCCGCGUCAACCGAUGGUCGCGCCAACUGGCGAGGAACACGGAGUGCGGCCGCCCCACCGUGCAGCCGGACGUCGAGGUGGCCGACCGCAUCGUCGGGGGACAGGAGGCGGUGCCCCACAGCUGGCCCUGGCAGGCGAGCAUCCAGAUGAAGAGCUUCUGGCCGGCGGCCCACUUUUGCGGAGGAGUCCUGGUACGCAACGACCUGGUUAUCACGGCCGCUCACUGCGUGCAGGGGAUGCGUCCUGAGAACCUGGUGCUCAAAUUUGGCAGCCAUGACCUUGUCCGCGACGACGCCGGUGUCCAGAUAAGGAGUGUCUUCUCCUACGCAACGCACAACAGCUACCGGCGAGACGACCUGACGCACGACGUGGCCGCGAUCAAGCUCUCGCUGCCGGUGAACUACACCGCGCGCGUGCGACCCGUGUGCCUGCCUGGCGCCGGACAGCAGCUGGCCGUCAACACCACGUGCUUCGCCAGCGGAUGGGGCAACACGCGAGGCAGCGGCGGCUCCUUCUCGCUGAAGCAGGCCCGCCUCGUGGUGCGCCCCUUCGCGGACGCGUGCGCCGCCAUCCUCGCCGCGCAGCCGAGCCUGGACGCCAGCGCCAUGGUGUGCGCCGUCGACGAGUCCCACGACGCCGGGCCCUGUCACGGAGACAGCGGGGGUCCCCUGGUGUGCCGGCUGGAGCCUUCCUCGGCCUGGACGCUGGUGGGCAUGACGAGCCAGGGCACCGCGUUCACCAUGACCAGCGCCCUGUGCGGCAUGGGCGCCGGCACCAUCUGGAGCGGCGUCAUGCCGAACCGCCGGUGGAUCGACCUUGCCCUGCGCACGCUGUGAAAAUAAAUCCCUCGGCGCGAUUUGCGUUC